UUUCAAUGAAAACUUUUUCAUUCAAAGAACCACUCAUUCAUUGAUUUUGGUCUCAAAAGUGAGGUUUCAGUGAAUUAUCGUUUCAUUGGAUUUCUGUGACAAUCGUCUCAAUAGAUUAGCCGAUAAUCAGUUGUCGACGAUAUUUGAUCCGUCAGUACGAAGACUGCACUGAAAGCACAGUUGAUUUGAUCCCAUAAUGGCUUCCAACGCAAUGUCCGCUCAGGCCAUCCGCCAGACAUUCAUCGACUUCUUUAAAGACAAAUACAGUCAUCUGUACGUCAAGUCUUCGUCGGUUAUACCACACGAAGAUCCGACUCUACUGUUCACCAACGCGGGGAUGAAUCAGUUUAAGCCCAUAUUCUUGGGAACCGUUGACCCGAACAGUGAUUCUUCGAAAUACCGACGAGUGGUGAACAGCCAGAAGUGUAUCCGCGCCGGCGGUAAACACAACGACUUGGAUGACGUCGGCAAAGAUAGCUAUCACCACACGUUCUUUGAAAUGCUGGGCAACUGGUCUUUCGGAGACUUCUUCAAGAAGGAGAUCUGCUGCUGGGCUUUCGAGCUCUUGACACAAGUGUAUGGUUUGUCGAAAGACAGACUAUAUGUGACCUAUUUUGGUGGUAACGCCGACAGUGGCUUAGAGGCUGACGAGGAGUGUCGCCAGAUUUGGCUGGACUUAGGGCUGCCAUCAGAGCGAGUGCUGCCCUUUGGAAUGAAAGACAAUUUCUGGGAAAUGGGUGAAACAGGUCCGUGUGGUCCCUGUUCUGAGAUACACUUCGACCGCAUCGGUGGCAGAGAUGCCGCAUCGCUGGUCAAUAUGGACGACCCGGAUGUCAUUGAAAUCUGGAAUCUGGUGUUCAUUCAAUUCAAUCGAGAAACCGAUGGUUCACUCAAACCAUUGCCUAAGAAACACGUGGACACAGGAAUGGAAACCGAUGGUUCACUCAAACCAUUGCCUAAGAAACACGUGGACACAGGAAUGGGUUUCGAGCGACUGGUGUCUGUGAUUCAGCAAAAGACCUCCAAUUAUGACACGGAUUGCUUCGUUCCCAUCUUCAAUGCCAUUCAAGAGUAUACAGGCGUCCGGUCCUAUACUGGCAAAGUAGGCGCCGAUGACGUGGACGGCAUUGAUAUGGCUUAUCGAGUGGUUGCAGAUCACGCCCGCACUCUAACCAUUGCUUUAUCAGACGGCGGCCGACCCGACAAUAUAGGGAGGGGUUAUGUCCUCCGAAGAAUACUACGGCGCGCCGUUAGGUUUGUUGAGAAACUGGGCGGAAAGCCGGGAGUAUUUGCCUCAUUAGUGCCGGUUGUGAUCGAAUCACUCGGCGGUGUAUUUCCUGAACUGACAAAAGAUCCGCAAAAUGUGAUGAAUAUUAUCAAUGAAGAAGAGGUCCAGUUCUUGAAAACCCUUUCCAGAGGAAAGCGAUUAUUGGAGCGAACCAUAGAUAAAAUGAAAGCUCAAAAGGUAUUGCCCGGAGAUAUCGCGUGGAGGCUAUACGACACGUACGGCUUUCCGCUCGACUUAACACAACUAAUGGUUGAAGAGAAAGGCUUUUCAGUGGAUGUGAAGGCAUACGAGAGCAGUAAAUCUGAGGCACAACUGAAAUCCCAAAGUAAAUCGUCUCAAUUCGACUCCGGAAUUGAUUUGGACGUCCACUCGAUCGCCGAAUUGAGGGAUAGUUUGAAAAUUGAUUCGACAAAUGAUUUGCCGAAAUAUGAUUACAAGUCUGUCGACGAGAAACCCAACUCUGUCUACGAGUUUGCGAAAUGCGAGGCAACUGUUGUCGCCAUCAGAAAGAAUAAGCAGUUCGUCAAAGAGGUUGUCAGUGGAGACGAGUGUGGAGUCAUUUUGGAUAAGACGUCGUUCUAUGCGGAGGCCGGCGGACAGGAAUACGACACCGGAUUCAUGACUAAAGAGACCACAGGUUCUGAUGAAGAGGAGACUGAGUUUGAAGUGCGAGAAGUGAAAGUACACGGCGGGUAUGUCCUGCAUAUCGGUCGCAUCGGGUGCGGUGUCCUAAGGGUUGGCGACACAUAUAAACUGCAAAUCGAUGAACAAAGACGUAAACUCAUAAUGAAUAACCACACGGGAACUCAUGUCUUGAACUAUGCAUUGCGCUCUGUAUUGGCAACUGAGGCCAACCAAAAAGGAUCGCUCGUGUCGUCCGAUAAACUCCGAUUUGAUUUCACUAAUAAUGGCGCAAUGAAUGCCUCUCAAGUGAAACAAACAGAAAGUAUUGCCCAACAAAUGAUUGCUAAGAAUGAAGUGGUUUUCGCAAAGGACUCAUCGCUUGUAUCCGCCAAAGCUGUUCAAGGCUUACGCGCAGUGUUUGACGAGACAUAUCCCGAUCCGGUCAGAGUUGUCUCGAUUGGAGUGUCUGUUGAGGACUUGUUGUCAGACCCAACAGGACCGGCGGGAACGCAGACAUCCGUAGAAUUUUGUGGCGGAACUCAUCUGAAGCGAAGCGGACAUAUCGGAGACUUUGUUAUCGCGAGUGAAGAGGCCAUCGCUAAAGGCAUUCGUCGAAUCGUCGCACUCACGGGUCCCGAAGCCACCAAAGCUUUAAAUAAAGCAAAACUUUUAGAUAAAUCUGUCGCUGAUCUGAAGACGUCGUUAGGAAGCAAAACCAGUCAAGAGUUUUAUAAAGAGAAUGUCAAACAGAUCGUGGAACUCAUUGAAGAGGUCUCGCAGUCGAGUGUCUCGUAUUGGAAAAGAGAGGAACUGAGGAACGAAUUAAACCAAAUGAAGAAGCAGUUGGAUUCGGUGGACAGGGCUAACAAAGCCCAACAAAUGACACAAGUGGUCGAAACUGCUAAGUCGUUGGCCCAACAGUUCAAAGGAACCAAAUUUCUGGUCACGGCUUUGGACGCCGGCUCUAAUGCUAAGGCUCUCGACUCAGCCCUUCGACAGAUCAGAACCCUAUCCCCAGAGACUGCGGCCAUGUUUUUCAGUGCUGACGAUACCAAAGUGAUUUGUUUGGCAUCCGUUCCCUCCAAUGCCGUCACUUCUGGUCUCAAGGCAAACGAAUGGGUCCAACAAAUCAUAGGAUCUAUUAAUGGGAAGGGAGGCGGAAAAGAGGAGUCAUCGCAGGCCAGCGGUACAAAUGUGGGCGCCAUUAAUGAUGCGAUACUUCUGUCCAAACAAUUUGCUGAAUUAAAGUUAGGAAAUAAUGCUUAGUUUGAAAUCAUUCUGUAAUUUAUACAUAUCUGGAGUUUUUGGUAAUUAAAUCAAUAAAACUUUUAUAAUUUUAUGGCAAUUAAUAA